AUGGCCGCCCUGCUGCUGCUGGCUCUUCUCGCCAUGGCCCCGCAGCCCUACGCAGGCUGCUUUGUGGACGUAAACAAAUCCAAGAUGCCCUACCCUCAGCCGCUGCUGCUGAAGCCCGGCGGAAGCAAAGACGUGCACGGCUUCGUCACGCCGGACCCCUCGGGGGUGAUCUCGCUCAGCCAGACCCAGCAGAUCAUCAUCGCGUGUCCCGACAACACCCUCGUGGUGACGAAACAGCCGCUGGCGACAGCCACCUGCGUCUCCGGCACCACUUUCACCAUCGGCAGUACGGCCUACAACUUCAGUGAUCUCCGAUGCGUGUCCCAGCCGAAACCAUCGGAGCGGAAUCCGGCCAAAACGUGCGGCAGCAGAAGUCAGUAUAAGGAGAUCCAGCUGGGCUUCCAGGUCGGCCCCGACUUCUACACGCUCAUCGACGCCUGCUUCGACGUUCGCUCCUACAGCACGGUGUACGACCACUUCACGAUGGUCCGCGAAAUAGGGGGCAGCCAGACCGGUUUCCCCCGGCCCGACUGGUUGAAUGGCACCUUCUUCCCCAACAUUGACAUGGAUAAUCAAUACAAAAGGACCACGCAGAUCGACACGGUCGGCAAACUGCUGGGGGACCCUACGUUGGGGUCCAAGUACAUUUCUGUAACGACCGACUACUUCCUUUCCAAAGGACACCUCACUGCUAAGUCUGAUUUCAGUCUUGGCGCGCAGGAAUACGUCACAUUCUUCUACAUGAAUGCUGCGCCGCAGUGGCAAACAUUCAAUGGUGGCAACUGGAAUACCAUGGAGGACAAUGUACGUUCCUAUGCUGCAAAAAACCGCGUCGAGCUGCAAAUCUACACGGGUACGCACGGAAUCACAACGCUGCCCGACAAGACAAGUGCCGAGACGGAGUUAUAUCUUUAUACUAACGGCACAAACUACAUUCCAGUGCCGAAGCUCUUUUGGAAGAUUCUGUAUAGAGAGGUUACUAAGGCAGCUGUAGUGUUCCUAGGUGUAAACAACCCGUACAUUAAGAACCCUGGCUCUGACUACUUCAUCUGCAAGGACGUAUGCACCAAGAUCAGCUGGUUAACCUGGAAGGCCAAUAACCAGAAGAUGGGCUACUCGUACUGCUGCGAAUAUGCAGACUUCAAGGGAGUCGUGGUCGACGCACCCAACCUCAACGUUACCUCUCUGCUUACCUAAGCCUCUCAACUGGAAGGCACUUCGAAUUGAAUUCAGAAAUCACAAGAAAGCCACACCAGACGAAAACCGUAUUCCGUACUUCAAUUGGAUCCAACAAAGAAUGUAAAUACAUCUGUAACUCUUUAUUUCGGUUAGUUCACAGUCCUUGAAUUUUACUGAUAUCAGUAUUUCAC